AUGUUCGACCGGAAAAUAUGGAAUCACUUCAACACUGAUAAGACACGGACAACUAACCACUUAGAAGGUUGGCAUGCAGCUUUAAACCGAUCUAUUAGUCGACCAAAGCCAAAUAUAUUUUUGUUGAUAAACGAGAUAAAAAAUCAACAACAAAAUUUUGAACUCGACAUUACAGCCCAGAAAAACGGUAAUCCAAAACCAUUAAGUAAAAUGAAGUUUCGGAAACUUGAAGAAAGAUUAACAAAUGCAAAGGAUAGGUAA